GGACUUUCAAGAUGGUUUUAUUAUGCAGGGAAUUUGUUAAUGAGUUCAAAUUGAUUGCCCCAAGCCCCCUGGAUCAAUUUGAGAUAAUCCCAUUUCUUCCUUAUGAAGAAAGGUGCUUUGUAUUUUCUCAUUCACAAAUCCAUCUUUCUUUAUGCUGCUCACUCUCCAUUUUGGUCUUACUUCUUAUUUAUUUUGUUACUAAAAAGGGAGGAGGAAAGUCAGUACCCAAUGCUUGGCAAUCCUUGGUAGAGCUUAUUUAGAUUUCGUGCGAAACCUGGUAAACCGAACAAAUAGGUGGUCCUUCCGGAAAUGUUAAACAAAAGUUUUUCCCUUGCAUCUCGGUCACUUUUACUUUUUUUCGUUAUUUUUGUAACCCCCAGGGUAUGAUACCUUAUAGGCUUUCACAGUUUACAAGUCAUUUUCUUCAUUACCUUUGGGGAUCUCAUUUUCUCUUUUUCAUUGGCAUACCUAUAGUGGGAUUUGCAAAAAAUGGGCUUCAUUUUUUAAGGUUCUCAUUACCCGCAGGAGUCACCACUGCCGUAGCACCCUUUUUAGUACUCCUUGAAGCUAAUCCACAUUGUUUUCGCGCAUUAAGCUUCAGGGAAUACGUUAUUUGUAAUAUGGAUGGCCGGUCAAUAGUUUCAGUAGAUUUAAAUGGGUUCGCUCUGACACUAUUGCUAUGUAUGAAUGAUCUUUUCUAUUUCAUAGGGGAUCCUGGUCCUUUAUUUAUAGUAUCUUGCAUUAACCGGUCUGGAAUUAGUGUGGGCUAUAACAAGCUUCAUGUUUCUACCGAUUACUCAAUCUGUAUUUACUUUGAAUGA